GCUGCUUCCCAAGUGCAUUAGGGAGCUGGAUUGGAAGUGCAGUAUCCAGGACUUGAACCAGCAAUCUGAUAGGGAAUGCCGGCACUGCUGGUGGUGGCUUAAUGCACUGCACCACAAUGCUUGCCUCCAGUCAGAAGUCUUCCAUCUGCUAGUCAAAUCCCCAGAUGGCCACAGUGGUCAAGGGCGUGCUGGGUGGAAGCCAGGGGCCCAGAACUCAAUCUGGGUUUCCCAUGGGAGUGGCAGGGACCCAAGUACUUGAGCCACUGUCUGCUGCACCCCAGGGUGUACAUUAGCAAAAAGCUGGAUCUGAAGUGGAGUAGCCAGGACGUGGACCAGGCACUCAGAUACAAGCUGUGGGCUCCCCAGGCAGCAACUUAACCGCUGUGCCAAACCACUACCCCUCCUUGUUUCCUAAACUGGGUUCUAAGCACCUUAAGGGCAGAUGUCCCCACUCCAUCACCUUUGUGCCCCCAAACUGAGCACUUAACAAAUGUUGACAACUUUUAUACAAUAUUCCAGCAAUUUGUAAGUAUCACGGACAAAGCGAUGUAGCCAAGCACAGUGGAAUAGAGAUUGGGAAGAUUUUGGAAUUUGAAAGAGCAGAGAGUUCCAAACCAGGCUCUCCCUGAGGAGCUGUGUGGUCUGGAAGAAGCAAUCUGCAUGGACCCCUGUUUCCUCAUCCAUAAAGGCAGGCCCUGGCCCAGACCAGCCUUGACCUUCCGCAGUUGUAAAUAUAGGGCAACUGUGCAUUCAUUUGCCAACUAAUUGCUGCGCUGGAGGCCAGGCACUCACUGAAAACAUUACGACCCCAGUCUUCAGAGCUCUCAAAUGGAAGGGAACUGCAGCAGGACAGGUCAGCUCCGCUGCAGCGAGGCCCAGGGCGUGGGCAGAAGCACAGGACAGGGAAAGGAUUCCAGGCCAAAGAAAUGGCUGUGCAAAGGCAGGAGGUGCAGCAGUAAGAGCUAUUUGGAGCUGCGACCAAAGAACCCGAGUUGAUGCAAAACCAACUGUUUGCGACAGAACGGUAUUUGGAGGAGGAGGAGAAGGACUUCCAACAAAGCUAAAGUCUAGUUCAGCCAGCAGAACAUUCACAUUCACAACCCCAGAAGGAUCAGGUUAGGCCGUGAGUCCGGCGGGGUCUCCCGCUGUUUCCGGGGAGAUAGACUCCCGGGGGCUCCAAGGCCACCCUGCGCCACCUCCCUAGCCCAGGCCCUAGUGGCACGCGGAGUUGGACUUGGUGGAAAGUGGGGGGCAGGGCAGGGUCUAAACCCAGGUCAGGAGCCCGCCUUACAUCUUGCCAUCCUGAGCGGUUGCCCCCCGCAUGACCCGACCUCCCCUACGACCAGUUGCACUUUGUUACCAGGCUUGCUGCGGGUCGGAGCGGGGUUUGCUCCCCGCUCAUUGGUCUGCCCGGAAGCGCCUCCCAAAAGUCCUUGUUACUAGAGGCGAAAAACAGAGCCCAUUGGUCAGGACACCUCACAAUGGCCCUGGCAAGGCGCAGGGUUCUUCUGAUUGGUUCUGUGCCUGUCUUGGGCAACCCUGUGGCCUCGAACCCAGGCAGCCUGCUUGGCGCCGGUGGGGGAAGAGCGCUCGCACCCGACACCUGCUUGCCAUUGGCUGGCCGGGCGCUGCCACCCCGCGGCGGGGCUCGCUCCUGCGCGAGGGCGACCCCUGGUGGCCGAGACCAAGGCUUUGGAGCCCGGCGUCUCUCCCCGGCGUCAAGGACGAAGGCUUGCUGCGGGACCAGCCCGGUUGCCAGCCCUGCCUGGCCUCCCCUCGGAGCUCCAGUAAGGUCGAUGGCUGUACGCGGUGCGUGAACCCACUAAGGGCGCGCCGAAAGGCGGCCCUGUCGGCCCCCUUCACGUUGGUACACCAAGCGUAGCUCUGGGGUCCUCCCGCAGCGCCACCUGUGGAGGCCAGUGCCAGGAGUUAGGAUUGGAAUCCCAUCGCCGCAGCGGCGGGGAAGCCCUGAGGGACGAUGUUCUACUACCCCAACGUGCUUCAGCGCCACACCGGCUGCUUUGCCACCAUCUGGCUGGCGGCGACACGUGGGAGCCGCUUGGUGAAGCGUGAAUACCUGAAGGUGAACGUGGUAAAGACCUGCCAGGAAAUUCUCAAUUAUGUGCUGGUCCGAGUGCAACCGCCGCAGCCCGGCCUGCCGCGGCCCCGCUUCUCCCUGUAUCUCUCAGCGCAGCUCCAGAUCGGCGUGAUCCGGGUCUACUUCCAACAAUGCCAGUACCUCGUGGAGGACAUCCAGCACAUUCUGGAGCGCCUGCACCGGGCCCAGCUGCAGAUCCGCAUCGACAUGGCCGAGCCUGAACUACCCAGCCUGCUGCUUCCUGACCACCUGACCAUGAUGGAGACCCUGGAAGAUGCUCCGGACCCUUUUUUUGGGGUCAUGUCUGUGGACCCCAGACUGCCCAGCCCUUUUGAUAUCCCUCAGAUUCGACACCUCUUAGAGGCUGCAAUUCCAGAAAGAAUGCCUGAGGAGGCCCCUCCUGAAGUCCCUGCAGAGCCCAGGAAGCCAGUGCUGCCCCCUGAGGUCAUCACCCUCCAGGAAGCAGAGCCCAUCCGCAUGCUGCAUAUUGAGGGCGAACGGGACCUCCCGGAGGUCAGCCGCCGAGACUUGGACCUCCUCAUUGCAGAGGAAGACGAAGCUAUCUUAUUGGAGGAGCGACGGCUGGCCAGGCUGAGGGCCCGCCCACCACCGGAAGAGGCCGUGGAGGAGCCCCGGGCCCCAGAGCGCGACAUCACAGUGCCCCCUCUCUCGCCUCCAGCUCCCGUCCAGGUGGAAGGGAUAGCAGAGCCAGUUCCAGUCCCGGUCCUGGUCCCCGAGGAGGUGAAGCUGGCAGCCUGGGAGCCCGGGGCCCCACCCAUGGAGGUGACCCCAUCGCCAGAGCUACGUCUGCCGCCCCCACCCAGCCCGAAGAAGAGGCCCCCAGGGCCCCCAUCUCCCAGGAGUCCCCCUGCUCGCCGCCGCCGCCGCCGCCAGUUACUGUUCUGGGACAAGGAGACUCAGAUCUCCAGGGAAAAAUUCAAAGAACAGCUGCAGACCAGGGCCCACUGCUGGGAGUGUCCCAUGGUGCAGCCUCCGGAGAGGACCAUCACAAGCCCCACGGAGCUGCUCCGGACCCCGACGUACCCCGGCCGGCUUCCCCUGGAACUACUGGCUUUGUGGACCCGCUGUGCCCAGACCCCCGCAAGAGCGCUCAGGCGAAGGCCGCCCGAGGAGGUGGAGGAAGAGGAGAGAAGGGCUGAGGCUGUCAGUGAGAUCGAGGUCCUGAGGGAAGCCCAGGAGCCCAGCGGUCCCCUCAUGGUGUCUUCAGAGCUCUCCCUGGAGCCCGCCGAGGAGGAGAAGUCGCGGAUCAGCCUCAUCCCCCCAGAGGAACGCUGGGCCUGGGCUGAGAUGGAACAGCCAGAGCCCCCGGCGUUGCCGGUGGUGCCGGAGCUCCCAGAGGUGCCCUUGGAGAUGCCCUCCGAGCUGCCACCAGAGCCUGAGCUGCUGUCCCUGGAGGCUGUGCACAGGGCAGUGGCACUGGAGCUGAGGGCCAAGCGGGAGCCUGACUUCAGCAGCCUGGUGUCCCCGCUCAGCUCCCGCAGGGUGGCUGCGCAGGUCUUCUACCUGCUCCUGGUGCUCGCAGCGCAGCAGAUACUGCAUGUGGAACAGAAGAAGCCGUACGGGCGCCUCCUGAUCCAGCCAGGGCCCCGGUUCUACCGAGGGUAACGCCCAUUUUACAAAGCUGCCAGGAAACUAGCUCCAUUAAACCAUAUUCUGCCUCACUGG